UGUGUGUGAGAGAGAAAUAGAGACAAAGAGAGAGGGGGUGGGAGAGGAAGAGGAGAGAGAGAAGAGAAAGUGGUAAGCUAGGCAGGUUUUUAUACUAUUUCUAAUAGAUAUUAUUUUAAAGGAGUUUCGCCUGCUGUCUGAAGCAAAGGCACCAUGUUGCUCUUGAAAUAUAUCUUGAAAAAUCAGUCAAAAGGUUAUCGGAAACAAGAUUUCAUUGGUUGCCACAGUGGUGUGGAUUUCCAAAGAUAAUAUUAGGCCUAUAUGUUUUGAGGGGAUUUUCUUACAGCGGUUCAAAAAAUAAUUAGUACUAACCUAAUUAGUACUAUUAUUAAUUAUUGUUGACGGUUUGGUAAUUAGCUUUGCGAUAAGGAAAUUACAUUUAUGUCUACGUACAGUGGUACUGAAGAAAAAUAAACAAUCUUGUUGAUUUUGAAUUCUAACUAUAGAUGUUGACCAGUAGAAAACAGAAGAAGAGGAAACAAAAAAAUUCGAGAUUGUUUCGGACAUACUCGGUAUAAUUUAUAUAAUAAGCAAUUCAACUUCUUCAUGAGCAGGUUCAAAUUUUUUACCUUCAAGGCAUGGGCGAUACAAGUUUGAAUUCAACCUUCAAUCGAUUUUCUUCUUUUUCCCGUGACGAUACUAUGACUUUGAAACCUGAAUAUAUUUAUACUUUGGAGGGUCGGGAUGUUUGUUUACGCAUUGAUCAAAAUCAAAUCUAAAUUUAAACUCUUGGAAGUCUUUCUAAAACAGGAAUUUCGGUUCACCGAAGUAAGGAAAGAUCAUACCAUCUCUUAAGGUUUUUAGCAUGGAUUUAUAAACAAUGUCAAAGUGUUCCUACAAAAAAUAUGCAUAGUUGAGGAGAGCACGAAAAAUGGUUCCCAGAUGUCAUCUGAACAUAGGCAUAUGGAGUGUGAGUUUAAAUAUAGAUCAGAUAUCGUGAUGGCAUCUUUAUAAUGGGAAACACUUCGUUGAUAAGGUCAAAAGUAUAUACCUUCUUGGAAUAUCGCAAUAAAUUGUGAAAAACUUCUCUACAACUUAGCCAAUGCAAACCAGAGUUUUACCUUAUGCUAUUGAUCUUUGAAUUUAAAUAUAAUUCUUAAAAUACCAAUGAUAAUAUAUAUAUAUUUGAUUAGUCCACAUUUUUUAUAAUUAUUUUGUAUCACUAGUCCACAGUAUGUAGAGUCCAUGGUACAAACGGCUUUCUUAUCGAUACCAUUCCACCCUCUUUUCAUUCGCAUAGUGUCAAUGCGCACCGCUGGGAUUUCGGCGCGCGGCAAGACUUCCAUUCCAGUUUGCCACCACUACAUCUAUCUCCUCAUCCAGAAUUAUUGUCCAUGAAGAAAUAAUACCGGUCUCGAGCCAGCAGACAGAGCUCAGCAGACUCGAUGAGACAGGUUCACUGUCAGACAACGCACCUAGCAAGAAUGAACGUGAAGAUAAUGGCGCUGCCAAAGACGUCACCAUGGAAUUCAUAAACAGUAAGCUAUAAAUCAUCUAGCAUUUUGCUAGGGUUUCCGUUUGUCUAGGCUAACCGGGUGUUUACCCGGGAAAGCCUAGGCAUAGGAGGCUAGAUUUUAGCGUUUUUCGACUCGUACGGGAUCCUUCACUGGCCAAUGGCACAAUCGCCUUGCGUUCGACCAGGGCACGGUGAAGCAUCACCAACCAGCUUCGAUCACCAGCAGAAGAAGGAAGAACCUGAAGCCUCUCUGGAAGUGCAGCAGCAGCAUUCAGAGAAACGGCAACCUCAGGGCAAAGAGCCAGUACUUAAUCAGAACCACCUAUCGUCUAAAGACAGUUCACCGCCUCCAAGACAAGAACCCAAUCCUGAUAAACCAGAGACGGUGAGUGGCCGACAGCCUACGAAGCAUCGAGCAACCGUAGCUACUUCAGCAACUUCUGCAGAGGCAACAGCAGCGGCUCCCGUGUCAGUUACCACAUCCAACAAACACUCUCUUCGUAGUCCAGUCUUUGCAGAUCUUCCUAUAUCAUCAACAUCAUCAACAUCAUCGUCAAAGGUCAACGAAACAUCGCACUCCCAACUCGGGGGAUCGAAAUUACGAGGCAUUACCGUUGGUACCACCAGCGGUAUUCGUAGCUCUACCAUCACAAUCACAAGCAAGGGGAAGCCGACUUAUGACAAGAUGGAAGCUUUAGGAGGAUCGGGCUACCCUUACGGCGCCUCCUUCAUGGUUCCCGGUAACGCAGCGGCCUACAAACCAAGUGGAAAUAUGCCUCCUCCGCAGUUACAUCUCCGAGGUCCCUGGCCUCCGCAACACAUUGAAGGCUAUGCGAGCCUGCCUGUCGGAGCCUCUUCGCUCUACCCACCGUACCUGUCGCUGAGUGGUUUGUCGCCUUCGGCUGCUCCUCUUGGUGGGGUUUCCUUUCUGCCACAGUCCUCCAUGCACGGCUCAGACGGCCAACCUGUACCAGCCACAAUCCAUCCACCACAAACGGACAGCAAAAGCUUGAUUUCCCAUCACCAUUUGUCCGCAAUGAAGGAAAAGGAUAGUCUGCUGGACAGUCCCAAGCACCAUGCCGUCACCAUGGGCAAGCAGCGGCAUCCAACCCUGCUCCCGCCCAAAAUGGAAAGUGAUGUCAGCGCUGCGAUGAGAGCAGGAAAACAUGAUAAAUCGGUUUCCAGGGAAGGACAUGGCAAUGACUCGCAAACCCGGCAAAAUCAGCAUCAAACGAGCGGAAAGAGGCACGUCAAAGAAGAGACACAUCCGCCCCCGCCGCACGUGGAGAGCGGUGCCUCAAAAAAUCAAGCCAGCGCUGGAUGGGAAUGCAGCGAGAGCAGGAUGCAGAAAAGGGCGGGGCAAGGCGGUGCAGAAUGUUGGAAGGGGAAUUCCCCACCGUCAUCGUCAUCACAGUGUAAGGAAAAACGCGAGUACGGUGGAGCUGGUGAUGGACAAGAGAGGAAAAGGAAAAGCUCGAAGAAAAGAGUUGAACAUGCAGAUGAGAAUGGGAAUUCUUUAAAAACGAAUGACGGUAAAGCGGUUCCUUCAGGAAAGACAUUGUCGGAGAGGUUAGCAAGUCCACCAGGGGGUGGUAAAGGGUCUACCCCGGGAAUGGGGGUAAUCAACAGCAUGGGGACCGUAUUAUCCGUUGGUGUGGAAUCAUAUGCCCUCCCAGGGAACAUCCAUCAUACUGCAUCGCUAUUGAAGACAGUAUCACCACCGUUGACAGUUCCUGGUGGCUUUACAGAAGGAUCUAGGCAACUGCAGAAAGCAUCUCCUGGAGCCAGUCCUGCACUCAGUCCAGGAGAUGCUUCGCAAAGUGCCAUGAAGAAACACUCGCCGAAAGAAAGUUCAAAAAGGAUUUCUGAUGGUAUAGGAUCGAAACAAGGGAAAGACGAUAAACGAGAUGAAAAACUUUCGAAAGAUACCCAAUCAACUGGAGAUAAACUCAUGAGCCCGAAUUCAGGUGCUCAAGCCUCGCCCACUGUAUCUCCAUCCAACACCAACCCUCCUGUUCAUCUGGGAUAUAUGCCAAUGUAUUUGCCAAACACGUGUCAGCUGAGUCUAGAUAAAGAAACGAACAAAGAUGCGCCGAAAAGCGGAACAAAAGUGCAUGCCACCACUUUCGUACCAGCUCCAGGGGAAUUCAUACCUGGUCCGGCGACCAACGCAACGGUGGGAAUUUCAUCGGGGAAAGACGCAAAGUGUAAAACGUCGCCGUCUCUGCCUGUAAGUUCAAACGGGAAAUCCCCGACUUCUCAUCCGGGCAAAGGGAAGAGCAGUGAUGCUAACGGAAAGAAGGAAUCUCCUAAGACUCCACUUGUAGCCAAGGGUGCAAUGCAAGCCACGGGGGAGAAAUGCGAUGGAAUUAGCCGAUGGGACGAUAAGAAGUCAUGCAGUAAGUCACCUGGUGGUGAUUAUACGGACAGCGUGAAAGGAUCUUCUGUAGGACCCGAUUCAAGGGAAGAUAUGCAUUCCAAACACGAUGACAAUGAGAGAAGAGAAUUGUAUAGCAAGAAGAGACACCUCAGUGGCAACUCGAGCGGGUUGAAAUAUGAUUCACGAAGUGAUUCGAGAAGUGAUAGUAAACCCGACAGGACUAGUAGCAGUCAUAGCAGUGGGAAACAUAGCAGUCGUGCGCGGAGUAUAUCGGGACCAGACCCUGGUGUAUCGGGUUUAACUUCACCUCGAGAAUACAGCUCAAAGCAUAAUGAUAGACACACGACGACGGACAAAUCUCUUGAAGAACAUCGUCGAAGUAUGGACCUUGUGACGGGAAGGGUCGGCCACCCCGGUCUGUAUUACGACAUGGCCAUGGUCACUGAUAGGUCACGGACAGAUACGACCCAUCCACUGCCCACUUAUCAUGGCGAGUGCUUCACACCAUCUUCUGCAGCUCAUGAAGCAGCAUUAGCAAGGCAUGAAAGCAUGCUACGGACAGCUCUCAUGGGUAGCGCCCACCGGAUGCCAGCCGGGACCGGUGGCGCUCCUCUGGCUUCUUCGCCAAGUUCGCAACCGUUCAUCGUUUCCGGCCACGCCACGUCGGUUUCUAAUUCGCAUACGCCUUCGAGUAGUAAAAAGACCGUGGGAUCCGCCAGCGAAGGGACUGGUAUUCAAGGGCGUGGGACACCCGGGAUCAAGGUUUCGGAUGGAAGGUGUCCACCUAUCGGAAUCGCAGUGGCACAGCAGAGGCAGGAUGGCGAUAGCACCGGAACACAAGGAAGGCAUCCGCCGCGGUCGAAUUCUAGAAGUGCCAGCUCCAGUCCUCACAUUAGCCGUGUCCUGCCUUCAUCCUCAUCAUUGGGUGACAAGCGAGAGGCUGAUGAUGAGCGGCUCGGAAGAAAUCGGGACUCGGGGAGCGGAGGACAUGGCAGACUGAGCGAAAGGGAACAAAGAACAACCAGAGAUCAGUCACCAAGGGAAUCCCGUGCGAACAGUGAAGUACCUUUCCAUGUCGGAGCACAUCGCAGAUACCAGCAUGACCUAAGCGCCAAUCUCGUGGUUACAGGUGGCGGAACCAUCGGUCGGCCUGAUACCACCAUCCACCCUCAUCUACCAGCCACACCCCAUCACUGGUUACCCCGUCCUCCAAGCCACACAAGUGGCACACCCUCGCCCCUCUGGCCGUACGGGAUACCUUCGUCGUCAUCUCCGAUGAACACGAGCACCCUGGAAGCGUCGCCGCGCGGGUCCCCGUUUCCGGUUGGACCGGGCGGCAUGCACUGGGCACAGGAUCCGACAACGGGUCAACUAAUGUUGGUUCCUCCGCACCCAGUGCACCCAGACGGUUCUCUAUCAAACCUUGUUUGGCCACGCUACUUAGUUCCUCCUCAUCUUCAGCCCCACAGUCACCAACUCCAGCAGCUGAUGUUAAACCAGUUCCCGUACGGUCCGAUCCCGGGCCCCGCCCAUCCCUCUCAACACCCUGGUCUUCUACAACACAUACCCGGAGCAGGCAGUAGCGCGGAGGUACAGGCCUUGAUUCAGCAACAGCACGAGGCCAUUGCACACAUGUACCGUCAGGCCGAGCAGCAAGAGCGAAACAGGAAGGAACAACCGAAGCCUCCAAGUAACGACCCUAGCAGUUUAAAACUCUCGUCCGAAUCGCUGAAAUGCGGGAGCGGGCACCAUAGAAAUCGACGGGAGUCGGGCGACGUGAAAGGAGAGGUACGGCCUGAGAGCCGACAGUCGGACAGAUGUAGGACGGGAUCGCAGGAACCUCUGGACAUCAAACAUUCCAUCCAACAUCUGCAACCACCGUUCUUGCAAGCCAUUCCCGUCGCAGCGUCCCAACACCCUUCCCUUCCUUUCAUGUACCCUCCGUCAGUACCCUAUCUCUAUGAGAACCCUCCGCCCGUGUCCGGUCCCCAAACGCCGUGUUCAAGGACAAUUCAAGACACAAAGGACAAGAAAGAAUUCUUACCAGACAGGUCGCACGCGAUCCAAACGCACAUCCCGCCUCUGCCAUCGAACAAGGACAAGAAAGAGGGUGUUUUGAAAAGUACUAGUGUGCAGACAUCUCCUGCCGAAACGCCGCCGGCACCAACGACGAAAGUUGAAGUCGAUCGGGAGGAGGAACAUUACUCCGACGUAAAUAGCCCAAGUGCCAAAUUCUCGCGUACGCAACAAACUGAGGUGAACCAACAGAAAAUGUUAAUAGAGCCGAAUAUUGAUGUGGUCACUGUGGAUUCACCGGAAGUGAUUAGGACUUCAUCUACACCAUUGUCGUCUUUUGAAACCGCCAUUGCUCAAACGAAAACGGAAGACGAUGUUAAGCGCGGGGACGCGAGUUCGCAUGAACAUUUCAAGCAAUCAAGUAUUCAAAGUGACAUCAAAACUUCUGAUGUAAUUAGCGUGAAAGAAGAAGAAAUUAAAGACAGCAAUGUGCAAACUGAAAAGGAGGAUAGUGCCCUCCGAACUUCAAGUGAAGCGCAAAAUGAGGAAGCGCCGGAAUGUGAAGGAGUCCGCGAAACCGAUAACCUUCCUACCGACACGGACGUUGCAACAACUUCUAGCAAUUUGACGUCACCGUCAGCGGUAUCCGACAGCAAGACUGUCGCAUCGACUGUGUUCACCGAAAGCACGAGCAUGUCCGCUCCGACGGCCAGUCGGGAUUCGCUGAUCACCAACGUCAUGACAACGAUACAGACAUUUGCCUCGACCGUUGAUGGUUUGGAUCAGGACCAACUAGCGGCCAUCGAGGGUAUUGCUCUUCUUAGCGAAGUUGCAGAGCGUAAAGCAUUGGCAUCUAGAGCAGAAUUCUGGGACUGCGUCGCUGAGCAACAUCGGACAGAGAACUCCGAUGAGAUGGAGGAUGCAGAAUCGACCACGACGGAAUCCAACGUUCCCCUUCAAGGUAACUCUGUGAGUGCCAUGACCUCUAACGGAGGAUGUGACCUGGAUGAUGAUGCUCUGGCUGGUAUAUCACCUGGUGAACUGAGUCUCAAGAUCAGGUGCCCCAUCACCAUCAAGAAAGAGGCUAAUGGACGAAGCGAGGUGUCGGCUUGUGGAACGCCUCUAGGAUCAGCGGAGAACAUGAAUCCCAUGGAACUAGAGAUGAGGAUGAAGUUAGCCGAACUUCAGAGGAAAUACAAGGAGAAAAAGAAGGAACUGGACAAACUGCAAAAGAAGAAGGACAAAAGAGCAAGAGAAGACUCCAAGAAUGAGGGCAGCCCUACAGUAGAGAAGCGACGAGGACGAGGGAGACCAAGGAAAAGGAAGUUCAGCAGCAAGUCUGGCUCAGAAGCACCAGAGGAAGCUCCAAAAGAAAGUCCAAAGGAAAACAGGGAAGUGAAGAGUCUGCAUUCAUCAGCAAAAGUGCUCUUGGAAGCUGCUGCUUCAUUGGAAGAACCUGUGGUACCCAAGAAGAAGAAGAAGAAAGAACACAAGACCAAGAAGGAACAGAAGGAACCGAAAGAACCAAAAGAACCCAAGGAAAACAACAAAGAAGCGAAGGGACAACAACCUAAACAACCUAAGGAACAGAAAGAGCAUAAGGAAAAGACCUCCAAGCUGAGCAAGAAGAGCAAGAAGUUGAAGAGCAAGGUAGAUUCCAACGGGAACCCACUCUCAGUCUCUGUCUCUGUCUCUGGUGAAGCCAAACCUCACCUCAAGAAGAAGAAGGACAAGACUGGCACUAAAUCUCUUUCUCUCAAGUCUGGCUCGGAAGGGCAACUAACUGCUUUGAAGGUCAAAGGCUCCAAGAGUGGUAAGAAGCGCACGGGAUCACCCAUCAGAUCAGACAUCUCCUCCAAGAAACAACAUGUCUCCAAGUCUUCAUCCAAGAAAAACCACAUUUCUAAUCUUGCCAGUCACGACCCUUUCACAUCAGACACAGACUCCGGUAGCAUCAUCUGGCCCAUUAAGACCACACCCAUCAAGACCACGCCCUCUUCCCCAUCUUCAGCUUCCACCAAACCUCCCAAAUCACCCAAGAUCAAGACCAAGGUGAAGAAGCUGAAGAACAAAGAGGGUAAGCUUGGCUUACAGUCUGGCAAGAAGAAGAAGAACAAAUCCAAAGAUGCGGUCACCAGGGCAACCUCUCCCGCUGUCAGCGUCAGCCCAAACGUGGCAGCAGCAGCACCUUCAAAGCUUACUUCAAAGCUUGAAAGGAUCAGUGCAGAGAACAAACUGAAACCUGGAUUGCUCAUCUCGCAUGUCUAUGGAGAAGACAGUGACUCCACCCUGGAGGACGGCAGCACGGCAACCACCACCACUGCAUCCUCCCAACCCAGCGGGAGCAGCUGGAGCAACCACAAGGGCCUCGCCCUCCUGGCUGAGCUCUCCUCCAACCAAUCCUCAUCAUGCUGUGCCACGCCCACCAAGGUCAAGAAGAAGAAGAUCAAGGACAAGACCAAGUCACUGGCGUUGUCAUCAUCGAUGCACCGGGAUGGCACCGGGAGGGUCAAAGGAACGUCAUCAGGGAUGAAGGGGACGACGGGCAAGGUCGCUGGGAAGAAGAUCAAGGUCAUGAAGAAGAAACUGAUGUCCGCGAAUGGUGAGAGAAGGACAUUUGUGAAGAAAUUGAAGAAAGUGAGUAAAGCAGACAGAGUACCCAAGUCAUCAAGUAUGUCUUCCAAGGGUGAGAAGCCCAAGAAAGCCAAGCAGUUUACCAACAUUAAGACCAACAUGAAGAAGGAGAACAAGACUGGUCAUCGCAAAUCUCCCAAUCAUGGACAUCCGUCAUCUUCGGCAUAUGCCCCUCAGUUUGAUGAGAGGAGCUGGUGUAGACGCAGGAGUGAGAGGAUCUUCCUGAGCGACAUCAGUCCAGUUCAGUCUCGGGAUAUCAGCCCCCAGAGGAAAGCAGAGUUGGUGGAGCCUGCCAAGAGGAAGAUCCUGCAAUCCCCAGGGAUGAUGAAGGCGGUGGAAUCUUCAGGUUUGGGGCAGACCACAGGAGGGUCCACCAACCAGGGUGGGAUUAUCAGCCAGAUUGGUAGUGUCCUGGAUGCCCUCAAGACCGAUCCUCUGCAGAUGAGGAAGAAACUAACGAGGCUCAGUGCCCAGGAGGAUGAAGAGGACAACGAUGGACAACUCCAAGACGAAACGAGGAGGAAAAAGCUGAAGAAGAAAGCCAAGAAGAAGGACACGACGCCAACUCAAGAGAAGUUAAAUCCAUUAGAGUUGGCUCUGAAGGCCCUUGAGCAGGAGACCACAGACAGUAGUGACAGUGAUGGGGAGAAUGUUCCUCUGAGCUCGUUGGUGGAGAGACCAUCCACACCAGCGCCACGCAAUUGUGUGCUAUCCGUAGAAGAACUCCAAGAUGGUCUCCGGGUUCUGAUACCCAUCGAUGGUCUUUUCCAUGCAGGGAACGUACGAGCCAUCCAGCCGCCUGAUGUAUAUGGUGUUGUGAUUGAAGGUGGGCGGGGCAGUAGACCCCAUGUCUUCUCUCAAGAGCAGAUCCUGGAGGAGGCCAUCGCGGAUGUCAGGCCAUCUUCCACCAGGUACCUCCCGGAGGGAACCCGCAUCUGUGCCUACUGGAGCCAGCAGUACAAGUACCUCUACCCAGGCACGGUGGUCAAGGGCUCUCCGAACCCCACCCUGGACGCCAACUUCACCACGGUCGAGUUUGAUGACGGGGACUCUGGACGGAUUCCUCUGGAUCACAUCCGAAUGCUUCCACAGGAUUUUCCUCUGGUGGACUUUGAGCCAUCGCCCAUCAUGGUGCAACGGAAACGUCGAAGGAGACCUUCCGAGACAAGCUCUACCACGGAAUGGAAGAUGGAACUGGUGAAGGCUGACGAUAUGGACGAUAGAAUGGAUGGUAAGAGGAGAGAAUAUUCCUGGAGGUCCCAAAGCAGUAAGGAUGACCAUGUCCAUCCCAUCUCAGAGGGAGAUAAUGAUGUCUUCCUCCCGUCCGUACCCAAGCUCAAGAAAACCGGCGAUCAGAAAUCCAGGAAGCUACUCACCAAGAAAACUAAAUCCAAGCUCAAACUCAAAACCAAAGCCAAGGGUCUAUCCAGCUCAAAGGGUCUAUCCAGCUCGAAGGGUCUAUCCAGCUCGAAGGGCUCUUCUCUGUCAUCCAAAAUGCAACAAUCCAGUGGCUCAUCGCUCAAGCACAAGAUGGGCAAACUCACCAAGCUGAAGAAGUUGAAGAAGCUGAAAGGGAUGGCUUCAUCAUCAUCAUCAUCGUCGUCGAAGUUCAGCCAGAAGAUGCUGCAGAAGGGUCAGGGGAAGUCCUUCGCCGUCAAAGCCAAGAAAACCAAGCUCACCUCAUCAGGGCUGUCGACCGACAGGAAGGUGGUUGGCGGCAAGAAGAAAGGGCCCAAGAAGAAGCUGGGAGGCAAAGCCAAGUGCACAGUAGAGAUCGAGACAGUGUAUUCGUCAGAGAUUUACCCUGAUGAAGCAGACUAUCCAAAAGGUCUUGGUGGAACCCUCAGAAGAUUUGACUCGGAUGACUCCAGUGACGAUGAGAGUGAUCACUAUACAAAGAAUGCUGAUACCUUGAUAAAGAAGAAGAAGAUGAAGAAGAAGAAAAAGAGUUCUCAGUCAUCAAGUAAUGCGCAAGCUUCCUUCUCUCCGCCUCGGCAGUUCUGGCGUUGGUUAGGCAAAGCAACCCAAAGGAGAGGAAGCAAGGGCAAGGCUCGUAAACUCUUCUACAAGUCUAUCAUCAGAGAUAAGGAAAUCAUUAGAGUUGGCGAGUGUGCCAUUUUCCUAUCGACAGGGCGCCCUCACUUGCCUUACAUUGGCCGCAUCGAGAGUAUGUGGGAGUCUUGGGGAGGCAUGAUGGUGGUCCGAGUCAAGUGGUUUUAUCAUCCAGAGGAGACCAAAGGGGGGCGGAAACCCAAUGAUGGAAAGAUGGCGCUCUACCUGUCUCAGCACGUUGACGAGAACGAUGUCCAGACCAUCUCCCACAAGUGCGAGGUGCUGUCGCUAGACGAGUACAAGCAAUAUGUCUCCGCUAAGAAGUCCCUCAACACAAUGGUCAAGGCAAGUGAUAUCUACUACCUAGCCGGGACGUACGACCCGGGCAGUGGUCACACCGUGUCUGCCAAUUAACCUUUGACCAUCCAUACAUCCAGGAAGACAUCCCUCAAUGCAGUGGUUAGGGCCAGGGGCAUCUAAUUCCUAGCCAGUAUCUGCGACCCAGGCAGUGGCCACACCGUACUUAUCUGCUAAUCUAAUUUGACCAUUUGUACAAUAUAUGUUCGGCAUGACAACCCGCAGUGCAGCGGUCAGACUUCAAACAACUAGAGUUAUACCUGUGUACCAGGGAGCGGUCACACCAUAUUUCAUAUCUGUCUACCAUGCUAAUUUGACCAUUCAUAUUACAUGCAUUCAGCGAGACAUCCCUCAGUACAGCGGUCAGAAACCUAAUACCUAACUUGUACAUGUGUACCAGGGAGUGGUCACACCGUAUCUGCUUUAUUACGGAGUGACCAUUUGGUAUGUCCGGAAGAGAGACCCAUCAGUACAACAUCUAUUACCUACGACGGUGUAGUUGAUAUCUGAAAGUGAGACCUAGGCAGUGGUCCCACUCUCACUUCAAACAAAGAUGAACAUUCAACAAUGUCGCUGAUCAUGUUAUUGAAAUGUUAUGCUAUUGAAGCUAUGCUUAUGUAUGCUAAUGAAGACACUUUUGCAGAAAAAUCAUAAUUUACAUGGAGAGAAUCAACUUAUCAUUUUCUAAAGAGUUGUUGGCAUUGUGACAAAGAGGCCAGUAGAUCUUGACAGAGUCGGCUAAUCGCGCUGGAACUCGCAGAUUGAAGUGCCAGUCUGCCCAUGUCUUUAUUGUGACACUGGAUUUGACCAAACCAAAUUUGACAGUAUUUGCUCCAAGAAAGUACUAGUAUUUGUUCAAUUUAUAUUUAGAUGAUCAUGACGUCAUGUAGGAAUUGUAUGAUUAAUUGUUAACAGCAUGGAGUUUCAUAUUUUGAUGGCAUUGACAGAUUAAUGUUUCUCAGUAUUGUGAAUUCUGUUUAUAAAUUGAUAAGCAUGAUGCUUUGGAUAUAACAACGUCUCAAACUAAGAGUUUCAAGCUCACGAUCGCUGAAAAAAUUACACAAAGUAUGAAUUCAAAUAAUGUUAUUAUAUAUUUGUUGAUUUGUAUUGCAAUUAUGUGACAUACGAUGAUCUUGAAUAAUUGUCAAAUUCCAAAGCACAUAUCUCCUCCACCCUAUGAUGAUGAUAUAUGUGCAAUGGAGCAAUUAUAAUUUUAUUAUAUUAUAUUACAGUACUGUGAGUCUAUCACUUUGUUUUAGAGAGAAAAGGUAUGAAAUUUUGCCAUACUGGAAAUUGAAAUGAAGACUCUUUUACUGGAGAUAGUGAGAUAUUUUGCAAAGAGUUUUUAUGAAGCUAACCAUUUUUUCUUUGGCUGAGUUAGCAGGUUCACAAGAUAUGGCAUUGUAUAUGUAUAUAUUUAAGUUUUUGGAAGAGGAUUUUGGAUGUUAUCCAUUUUCACUGAGCCAAAGAAAUAGGAAAGAUGCAUGUACAAAUGUAUCAUUUUUGCCACUUGUACAUGUUACAUGUAUUACGGACAUGAAGAGAAUUUCGUAGAAAAAGUGCAAUAUUAGCACAGUUAUAAGUAUUUGACCUAUUUUAUACUAUUAUAACUCUAGUUAUAUAGGAAAGGGUUAUGAAAGUGUUUAUUCAUGGUCAUAUCGUUUCUGCCUUAUAUCAUCGUAUUAGCAUUUUGGUAUUCCAAUGGUAUGGACAUAAUUUCUGAUUUUCAUUUGAUCCAUUCACUCAUUUUUAUUUAUUUAUUAAUUUUUGUAACCAUUACGAUUAUUGGAAUUUUAUUCAUAAAUGAAAAUCCAACAAUACUAUUUGAUAUGAAACAGCAUUAAAAAGCUUAAACCUGUCCUGCCGAAUUGAAUAAAUUUUAAAAUAGCUGAAUUUGUUCUUGAUGCUUUCAAAUUUGGUCAUUGGAUAGGAAUUUUAUCACAGUUUGUGAAGAUUACAAUUACAAUUAUGAAUGAUUAUGAAUAAUGAUUACAUACAUUGCUCAAAAUGAUAAAUUACAUGUAUGUCUUAAUAUGUAAAACUCGAGAGGAAGUUACAUUGAUAUAGACAGACAAUUGCUAUUGUGAAUUUCUAUUAAUGUUCUUUUGGGGGCUGAAAAAUAAGACGUAAGUAAGUACACUAGAAAUGAAACGUCACAUUUUCUUUUUAAAAUGUUAUUGAAAAGCAGCAACAUCAUGUGGAUUUGUUUCAGUUUGGAUGUUAUUUUGAUGUACUGUACUUCCAUCCUAUUUAUCUUUACAUGUAUUAUCUAAGGAUGUUAAUUUUUUUUAGUGAACUUUAUAUGUUUUAACAUUGUUUUGAAAAUGUUGAACCAUUUUAAGAGACUUUUUUUUUUUACGGCUGUCAUUUGUGUUCUAGGUAUUUCAUUUCAUCCACAGUUUUUUUUUCUUCUGGGGUUUUGAAUUUUUCUUACUCUUUAAAGAACCACUGUUUAGAUCUUAUACUAUCGUUUGUGUUUUUAAUGUUAAUUGAAUCAAACAAAGCAAAAUCAUUUAAUUUGUGAAAUUUUAUGAUGUGAAUCUUUUACUUUGUUGUGUUAUUGUUGUUUACUGUGUCUAUAAGAUCAGGUGUAAAUAGUGAUAUAUAUAUUUUACAUGCCAUGGGGAAGACCCGAGAUACUAUAAAUAGCAAAGGCUUGAUGGUGUUUUUUGUGUGUACAGUGUUGAUGGAGAUGUACUGAAAAUGCGAUAUAUUUGUUGAGAAUUGUUAAACAACUACUGUACCAUGUGGAGAGAUGAUUUAAGCAAAAAAUAAACUAUUUCAAAUUGAAA